AUGAAGCUUUCCUCCUCGUGUUCCAUCAUUCUAUUCCUUCUUCUGUUAGCACUGUUCUCAGCCCACCAUUCACUGCAACAGCAACUUGGACCUGAUGCUGUUCAUCUUUCCAAGAUUGAAGUGUUGACCUUUAGAAAAGGACAAUAUACAAGUGCAAGAAGAACACGAGCCUUUCCACAAUUGAACUGCAAAUACACACCGGACGGAUACAUUCCUUCCGUAAUUCAAUGCAAAAACAAGGGUUAUGAUGGCACUUCUUACCAAUGGAAAUGUGAAGCAGAAAUGGAUGAGAAAUAUCGUUUCGGAUCUGAUUUAGAUGUUAAUUGUGAAGGCUAUCGCUAUGCAGGUGAUGAAUUUGUUUUGCGUGGCUCGUGUGCUUUGUCUUUUUCUAUUGAAUUGACUGGGAAAGGAACGCGUGAAGAUCAACAAAGGAAACGUACAAAUCGCUAUCAACAGAAUCAACAGCAUUACCACCACGAAACAACAAAGCCAGCCAAUCCAUCCAGCUUGGGUGGUUUUGGUGUUGUUUUAAUAGUUCUAGUGCUUGUUGCCGUUAUUUGGUUGACCAAGUCAUCGCGUAGAUCCACCCCAGUAGGUGCAAAUAGCAGUGCUGCUUCUUACUCAUCAUCAACAAACAGCACACCCUAUCCCCAAGGAACAUCAUCCAUUUACCCAGGAGUUAAUCCUACCUACACAACCGAUGAAAACUAUAAUCCAAACUAUUAUCCUGACAGUUCCAACACUGGAUCUUCAACAACAAGUUUUGGAACUGUACCUACCUUUGUUGCAGGCGCUGCAGCAGGUUAUGCUCUCAACAGUAUGCUUAAUCGUCAAACACCAAACACAACAAGAGGCAACAAUGGCUCUUAUUUCAAUACGUCAGACUCGACUUACAAUGCCACCAACGAUGAGGAUUACCACCAUCACCACGACACAGACAAUACCCAUUCCACCACCACCCGUACCACUAAAGGAUAUGCUGGAACAACUUCAAGAUAA